UUCGCCUGCUCCCGCAGUUAAGACGGCCGUUUCUCCAUCCGGGUCUCUAGGGCUCACGUUCCCGGUGACACGACCUGGGAGAGAGGUGACGUUCGUGACGUCACAGAACGCUGGGCCCCCUAUUGUAAAGUCACAAGCUCUAGGCCCCACCCUUUAUCUGUCUGUCCCUGGCUUCACCCGGCGUUCCUACCCAGGGCCGGGGCGUGGCGAUGAAGGGCGGGCGAGAUCUUAAGCCGCCUCCCGGCGGAGCAGACCGCCCCCUGGCUCCAGCCUACGCCCCGUGCCGCCCUGGGCGCCUCCAACGCCACCUCCUGAGCGGCGAGUUCGACCAGCUGCGCGACUUUCCCAUCUUUGAAAGCAACUUCGUGCAGGUGACUCGGUUUGGAGAAGUCGCCAACAAGGUCACCAUGGGGGUGGCAGCCUCUAGCCCUGCCCUGGAGCUGCCAGACCUGCUGCUGCUGGCCGGCCCUGACAAGGAGAAUGGACACCUGCAGCUCCUCGGGCUGUUUCCCUUGCAGUUUGUGCAGCUGUUUGUGCAUGAUGUGAGCCGCCAGCAGCUCAAGGUCAAGUUCCGAACUGGCCGUGCCUUUUACUUGCAACUGCGCGCUCCGCCAGAGACCCGGGACUGCGAGUUCGGCCGCUGGGUGCGGCUGCUCUACCGCCUGCGAUUCCACUCGCCUACCUGUGCAGUGCCCUUCACGCACGAGGACACUGUGCCUGAGGAGGAUGAGGAUGAGGUCGAGGUCGAGGAGGGGCAGUUGCAGCCCCCGGAGUUUCAAGCCACAGAGGCCAGACUCGACCCACAGGUCUCAGAACUCUGGGGGCUCUGA